AUGAGCGAGAAAAACAUCAGAGGAAUGCAACAAGCCGCCCAAUCCGUUCCAGCUGCUGCGCCAAACUCGGCGCUGCUUCGCUUGACGAAGAGGUUCGACCUUCUGAUUAUCCUUGGUACGUUGAUGUUCCAAGGUGAUUCUUCCUGUGUCAAUUUCGAUGAAUCUUCUGGCAUGAUGAAGGCUGUCCUUAUGAAAAACUGGACGUCUGUAGCAAGAGCUCGAGAUCUUGGUCAAGGUGAUGAAGGAGGGAACAUAGGAGCGUGCAUGACAGUAAAAGUCGACGCACUGAAGAGUCUGACGCUGAUGGGAAUGCACGUCGGUCAAUCAGAGCCGUCAGAGCCGCCGGGCUCCUCCGGGUUUCCUGGUGUUGAGUCUGGAGCGCCAAAGGGAGUGAACAGCAAGACAAGCACGCUGGUAUAG